CAAAUCUCCUCUCCGCGCUGCUGCUUCCUCCACCGGAGGCGCAGAAUUAGAGCAGACCUCCAAGAAAUAGGUCCGCAAUUGCCUGACAGAUGAAAUAGUUAGCACUCACUGUCUGUAUGGAGGGUAAGUUCAGCGCGCAGGGGACAGAAUGUUUGGGAUGUAUGGAGUCACGACGCACGACGCAACGCAGUUCGUCAUGACUUGAAGUGAAUCACGAUGGGAUUUCUUCAGUGACGUUAAAUUUAGGUUAGAUGCAAUUAGGCAUGGCUUGUGUGUGCAGCAUAUUUACCAGCAGCUGUAGCACAUAGCUGCGCAUUGACACCACGUUUCAUCACCUUUUGGCUGCAGCUCAUUUUGCUUUUAUUUUUUUAUUGUACAUUUUCAUCCAAAGCUGACAUUUCACGGCAGAUGUUUGCACCUGAACUCUUGCACUAUAUUUUCUACGAAGUGAGGAGAGCGUGGUGCGCUGACUGAGUGCGCCGGUGAAGUCAAGUGUUUGCAGAUUUCUCUGUGAGGACGCUGCUUUCGUGCACCUGUGGACGUCUGCAAAAAAAGAGCACAUUGGACACCUUUUUUUAUUUUUCCUUCUUUCUUGUAUUUGUUUUUGUUUUUACCAUACGCGUUUUAUUUUUAGAGGCUUCCCUGCAGCAUAACGCGUCUGGCUGAUGCACGGCUGGAUUUCAGCAGUCGGAGUGGUCUGGUCAGAUUCAGCACCACAUCAGCUUUGAACAGCUCCGCGUGUGAAUGGGCUCUGUCGGUGUCCGUGUCUCCAGCAGCUCCUAACUACCGGCAACAAUGGCAUCACAGGGCUUCUGGUCUCUUGGCGGAGAUAAUGCGGGGGCCAAUGCCGGGAGUCAGAGCCCCAGCACGACCAGGGCUUGGUGCCAAGCGGCGGCCCAGAAAUUAUCCGGAGGAAUUGGAUCGAAAUUAUGUGCAUUGCUCAAUGUCGGGGAAUUGGAGAAACCUGCCGAGCCGGCCGCCAAGCAGCCGCCGGAGACAGAAGCUGCUGGCACCUGCGGCUGCAACAAAUCCUGCAACUGCACCAAACCUCCUGUGGUCUUCUCCGACCUCUAUUCAACAGACCUGUUACCUGCCUUGGACAGUGACGCCAAAACAAUGACCUUCCUGCAGGAAGUUGUGGAUAUUUUACUGGCCUACAUCGUGGAGUCUUUCGACCGGGAAACGAAAGUUAUUGAUUUUCAGUAUCCAAACGAGCUGCUUCAGUUGAACAACUGGGAGCUGCAGGGCGAGCCGGCCAAUCUGGAUGAUAUCUUGAUCAGCUGUCGCGCCACUCUCAAAUACGCCAUCAAAACAGCCCAUCCCAGGUACUUCAAUCAGCUCUCUACAGGAUUAGACAUGGUUGGACUGGCAGCCGAUUGGCUAACAUCCACUGCCAACACCAAUAUGUUCACCUAUGAGGUGGCUCCUGUCUUUGUGCUGCUGGAAUACGUCACUCUGAAGAAGAUGAGGGAGAUCAUUGGCUGGCCGGAUGGGCAGGGAGAUGGCAUUUUCUCUCCUGGUGGGGCUAUUUCUAAUAUGUAUGCCAUGCUGCUGGCUCGCUUCAAGAUGUUCCCUGAAGUGAAGGAGAAAGGAAUGUCAUCUGUUCCCAGACUGGCGGCCUUCACAUCCGAACAUAGCCAUUUUUCAAUCAAAAAAGGUGCGGCAGCUCUUGGCAUCGGGACAGAGAGUGUGAUCUGCGUCAAAGCAGAUGAAAGUGGUAAAAUGGUCCCCGCUGACCUUGAGAGGAAAAUACUGGAGGCGAAACAGAAGGGUUUUGUUCCUUUCUUUGUGAGUGCGACUGCCGGAACGACAGUGUACGGAGCCUUUGACCCUCUCAUCGCAAUUUCUGACAUCUGCAAAAAGUACAACGUGUGGAUGCAUGUGGAUGGUGCGUGGGGAGGAAGUCUCCUCAUGUCCAGGAGACACAGGUGGAAGCUGGAUGGAGUUGACAGGGCCAACUCAGUAACAUGGAACCCACACAAGAUGAUGUCAGUCCCUCUGCAGUGUUCAGCCCUGCUGGUCCGAGAAGAGGGUCUGAUGCAGAACUGCAACCAGAUGCACGCCUGCUACCUGUUCCAGCAGGACAAACACUACGACCUUUCCUACGACACCGGAGACAAAGCGCUGCAGUGCGGGCGCCACGUGGACAUCUUCAAGCUGUGGCUCAUGUGGAGAGCUAAGGGCACCAUUGGGUUUGAGGCUCAGAUUGACAAGUGUUUGGAGCUGUCAGAGUACCUCUACAACAAGAUCAAAGACAGAGAAGGAUACGAGAUGGUCUUUGAUGGAAAACCUCAGCACACCAACGUCUGCUUCUGGUACCUCCCUCCUGGGAUCCGCUACAUGGAGGACAAAGAAGAGAGAAAGAAACACUUGCACAAGGUGGCUCCAGUGAUAAAGGCCAGGAUGAUGGAGUACGGGACAACCAUGGUCAGCUACCAACCACAAGGAGACAAGGUCAACUUUUUCCGCAUGGUGAUCUCAAAUCCCGCCGCUACCUUCGAGGACAUCGACUUUCUUAUUGAGGAGAUUGAACGACUCGGCCAGGAUCUAUAAGACACAUCUCACCAAAUCCUCCCGUACUUUUCCCCUUUGACGGAUGAAUUGUUUGUCGUGAAUGUACUGGUAAACUUUUAAUCUUCUUUCUCUUUCCUCCAAAGUCACAUAUUUAAGAGUAUAUUUGAGAAAAAAGAUCUACAGAUAUAUCCAUAUAUUAUGUAUUGUAGCUUUGCCGUGGACUGACUUGGUCCAAAGCUAUGUAAAAGUGCUUCUGUCUGCCUUUCCUAUAGUGUAAUAGAUCCAAGAGUAGUGUAAGUAAUGUAACUUUAUAUGUACUUUUUGUGAUAUGAAAUGCUUGUGCAAUAGGUCGAUGAGGAUGAGUUUUAUUUUCAAAUCAUUUCUCAUUUGCCAAGUAUGUUGUUAAGUGCCAAACGUGGUUGUGUUCUAUUGUAACUUUACAUUUUAAACUUCUGGUUUAAAACAAAAAAAGCACUUCACCUUACCUCAGCUUAAUCAACUGCCUUGACAUCUGCUCAUAGAACUCCAAAGCAGUAAUUUUGGACAAAUAUACUCGUGACUGGGGAUGUAAAAAAGCACCAGCACGUGUCAAAUACAGUAAAUAUCGCAGCCAGAACAAGCUACCAUAGGGAUCUUGAAGUAUGCACAAAAGAAGGCAUUUCCAUCCAAAUUACACAACAGCAAAGUCAAUUCAAAGCAUUUAUGAAGGCGUGUCCAUCGUGCAUCACAUCGGCCUCUGUCUCUUUGGUCCGCAGUUUAUGGUGCAAAUUUAAUAUCGCUGCUUAUUACUUCUAACACUUUGUACUCUUUUUACAUGCACUUCUUUCUAGUGUAUUUAAGGUGGUAAUGGCUUCUUAAACCCAUUUUGUUUGAUGUCACCAGCUACAUGCACAUAUCAAAAUGGGCACCAUUUCCCACCAGGCUGUAUAUUUAGUGUGCUUUACAUGUUGUAAUGAUGAUCUAAAAUGAGAAUAAUUUAAGAGGUUAACGUAAAGUUAUAAUCCUUGUCCUUUAUUCAAACUGGUUUUGGUCAUUUGACAAAUCAAAAAAAUGUACCACACUUUAAGAUCAAUAUCAGUGGGCCGUGACACAAACUAAAACAUGAGGUAUAUUCCAUCAUAGUACUGGUUGCACUGGACUUUAUGGGAACUUGAAGGCGACAGGGUACAUAAAUUAAUCUAAUCCAGCUAUGAUGUGAAGCUUUAUGGGCCGGUGGGUUAUCACAUGACCUGCAGUACCGAGCGUGGCUACUAUCUCCUUGCAGCCCAACAUCGCUCCUGGAGGCUUUGUCUCGCAAUUGCUAUCACAAUGACAUUUUAAGGAUUAUAACUUUAAAGAUGUAAAACCUCUCAUCUACAGAACCAUAACGAUAGAAGCUAUCAGUGGAGUUUAUUGGAUGAGCAGAUCGAGGAUCUUGAAAGAACUGUAAACGGGGCAAUGAUGUUAUUUUGUCUGGAUAUAGGAACUUCACCAGAUUUGCAGCUACUGCAAACCUGACGUCACUUGCACUAAAUCAUCGGGGGGGUGGGGGGGAGGAGGAGCAUCCCUUAGCAUUGCAACUGAGAUUUCUUCUUUAUUCAUUCACAAGCAAUAUUCGAGUAUGGGUCCAAUCUAUCCACCCUGCAAAAUAUCAAAAGAAACAGUGAAUUCAACUACAAUAGUUAACGAUAAUCAAGUUUGCUACUGUUAAGCAAAAACAUGAUUGAAAAACAUGUUUACUACUGUAGGCAGGUUAGUUAAUGGAAUGUGAACCCUGAUAACAAGCACGGUUCUGUAGCAUUUUCAUUAGAACAAGUUAGAAAAGCACAAUUUGCUCAACACGGUCGCUCAGUGUACAAUCAUUUUUUUGAUCAUAGAUUGUAAAUAGUAUUUCAAGAUGUCCUAAGUACAUAUCUUUGUGUAUACAUAAGUGUAUAUAAGACAUAUAACCAGAGACUAUUUGUGAGGUAAAGUUAUUCAUAUUUUCUCUAUCUCCAAUAUAGAUGACCUGUAUUUUCAUCCUGUUUGUCCAAAAGGCUUUUUUCCUGUGUGUAUGUAUGUAUGUCAGAUACUUGACUUGGUUUGUGACUCUUCUAGCUAUUUCAAAGAAAAUGUGUGUGUUUUCAGGGACUGGCUUUAAAGAAAUUGACAGAAUUCACCUCGAAAUACUUCCAAGUCUUGCUCGGAGACUCUGGUGUUUGGAUUUUAAAUGAAUAUGCAAAGCCAUUUUGACUCUGAAGCUCUGUGUUUUUUGUGCACAAGUGAAUACUUGACGGUAUGUUCCAAUGUGUACCUUAGUGUGUUUGUAACUGUGUUGCCUUAGUAUAAAUUUGCCAGUAUUGUCUAGUUUUCCUCCAAAGGGGAGGUUGUGCACUUUAGAGUAUACACAAGACCUAAUAACGUGCAAUGUCCAAUGGUUGUUCAUAAAUUGAUGUUUAAAAAAAAGAAGUACUCAAAAAUGUAACUGAAGCUCUUUGGUCUGAAUGUGACAUGAAUCAAGGGUCUGUUAAGAAAGCAGUUUAUUUUUGCAGUUUAUAGCUUCAUGUUUUACUGCCUUAAAUCCUGGCGGAGAUUAGCCUAGAGUUUAAUAUACUUUUUUAGAUUUAAUAAUCCUAAUUCUGUUCCCAGAUCAAAUCGGCGUACACACUGUGACACGGACAACCUCAGAUUUAUUACAGCGACGUCUUGAAAAGCCGAACAUUUUCUUCUCUUGCUCCUUCAAGACUUGCUUCCUUUGCACGUGCAUGCGAUGCCUUGCCUAUCCAGCUUGUUUGAUAUCUCCUAUACAGUAUAUCUAUUUCUCUCUCUCUCUCUCUCUCUAUAUAUAUACAUAUAUAUACAUAUAUACAGUAUGUGUAGCUCCUGUAAUUAGCUUUAGUGUCCAAUGUAUAGCUUUAGCUUGUAGAAUAGUGCACUGUCGCUCUAGCCUUUACAUGUGAUCUGUGUCUUGAGCUUCCUGUAAAGUUUCUAUGUGCCGCAAGCAUGCUAACCACGCCUAGCAUUGUACUCCUCUUUGCGCUUGAUCUUACUAUCUCUAUCCUCUGUCUUUCUUCUUCUGCUUGAAGACUGUCGCAGCUCAGAACGUAGAGUAUUAUAUAUCUAUAUGUGUAGUCCCUCAGCAUGUCUCUGAAAGCUCUUCUCUGCUCUGCACCCGUACUGUACGUACUUUUCUCUCUUUCUCUUCCGCUUUGCCCUCUGGUAGCAGCAACAAUGUAUCCUCGCGCUUUCCUCUAACCUUUCUCGGCUGCCCGCUGUCGUUCUGUUUUUCGUGUCUGAGAGGUUGUUGUCUCGUGUCAUGGUGCCAAAACGUCUCUGUUUCUGAUUUAGUUUUACCAAGGCCCUUGACUAUGAGAUGUAUGAGAAACAGAAUCAAUAGGAUUUAGACUUGAUUGUCCAAAAACUUGUCCAAUGCAAGUAUUGUUAGCCUUUAACACAGAAGUAUAGAAAAAAGAAUACCCUGGUUUCUUGUUUAUAGGAAACAUUGUAUGUUUUUUGAGAACAAUUAAAAUCCCUAGUACUCAGAGUGCAGUUCACUUUCACUGAAUAUGGUACGAUUUUGAAUCAUAUAUUGUGCAAACUGCUGUGCUAGCUUCUCUCAAACAUUCAUUUGUCCUGAACUAUAUGUUACUGUUGGGAAAAUAGAAAUAAAUAUUGUCAAAACAAA